AAAAAAAAACAGCCAAUAGAGGCAGUUGUUACUUGGCUCCAACUUUGUUGUGCUCUUAAGCAUAAAAGCGGCCAAGGUACGGUAUCUUCCUUAAGGUUUCUCUUUCACAUCAUCUUUGGUCCUGCGUCUACUCAGCCACUGUUACUUUAGCUCUCAGCAUUUCGUGGUGUGCUUCAGCCGCAAAAUCUCGUCAAGAUGGCAUUGAAUCAACUACAGAACACAGACUUCAUCCAGAUCAAAACCACUCUCACGAAACUACCAUACCCACCAUUAGAGGACCGCCCGACUGUAAGAACCAAGCGUCUUGUUCUCAAACCAUUCUACGAAGAUGCUGCAAAGGACCUGUUCCCCAUGCGCGCACAAAAGGAAGUCAUGAUGUGGACAGCACAAGGCGCCCCAGACAAGGAUCUCGAGGAAACGCAGAAAUGGGCUGCGCAGAGAUUACCGCCGCACGACGAAACAAACUUGUACUACGUGAUCAGUCUCGUUGAAACUGGCGAGGUCAUUGGGGCCGGUGGUACUUACAGACGAGAGUGUGAGCUUGGCUGGCCGGCAAUUGGAUAUGCGUUCCGCAAGGAGGCUUGGGGGAAGGGCUACGCUACCGAGUUUCUGGUGGCAUUUAUGAAGAUUUGGUGGGAACUUCCUAGAGCUGAGUAUUCUAUCGCCGUGGAUAGGGCGACAUUGAGUGAAGAGGAGAUAGUGGCUAGUGUGAAUGGUACUAUUACAGAAAGAUGUGCUGCGGAGACGAUCAAAGAAAAUGGGGCAAGUAAGCGUGUCUUGGAAAAGGCUGGGUAUAAGUGGGUUAAGGAAUGGAGGAAUGAGGAGAAGAAUUGGUCGAUCUAUGGAUGGGUUACAACCGCGGCGCAACUGCCUUCAAAUUAAUCAUGGAGCAGAAACAAGAUACGUGCUGUUGUGACUUGGGGCGUCUAGAAUUGAGUAUCAGGGAGACAAAAUACAGGAGCGUCCAUAGUUGUGGUUCCAGUCUCCAGGCGAUCCUCGCCAGCUAAAGUAAGAGAUUGUCCACGCAAGAUAAAACUGGAGAUAGUAGAGACACGGUGUUUAUCGGCUCCAGACGGUCGAAGGACCGGCCCCGCUCUCAUGUGUAUCCUCAUGAUCCCCAGCAGGAGGAGUGACC